AUGUCUAAUAUUGAGGAAGAUAAUAAUAACUCAAGACGAUAUUUAGAUAGAGUUAAUAUAGUUGGAAAACACUUGUUAUCAAAUAAGAGAGAAGAAGAAGAAAGAACAAUGAAUCAAACAACAACAACAUUUGAACGUGUAGCUAUUGUAUCAUAUAGUAGAACACCUAUGGGUGGUUUCAAUGGAUCAUUGGCAUCAUUGCCUGCUGUUGAGCUUGCAAGUAUCGCCAUCAAGGCUGCCUUUGCCAAGUUGUCCGAUCCUCAACUGAUCAAUGCUGUCGACGAGGUCAUCCUUGGCAAUGUGCUCAGUGCCAAUGUUGGCCAAGCACCUGCAUCUCAAGCAUCCCUCAACGCUGGCAUCCCAAAGUCAGUCCCAUGUACAUCCGUUAACAAAGUCUGCGCAUCUGGUAUGAAGGCUGUUAUGUUUGGAACCAAACAGAUUCAGACUGGUGAGGCAAACAUUAUUGUGGCUGGUGGAUUCGAGUCAAUGUCCAAUGUACCGUUCUACUUGGAUAAGGCAAGGAAUGGAUAUCGUAUGGGCAAUGGAACUAUCAUUGAUGGAAUGAUGAGGGAUGGUUUGACCGACCCAUUCGAUAACUUCCUGAUGGGCAUUGCCGCCGAACGUUGUAGCAAGGAUGAACAAAUCUCCAAGCAAGAGCAAGAUGAGUAUGCACUACAGAGUUACCGCAGGGCGAUCGAUGCCACAAAGAAGGGACUGUUCAAAGAUGAGAUUGCCCCCGUCACACUUCCAGGUAUCAAGGGCAAGCCAGGAAUCACAGUCACCGAGGAUGAUGAGAUCAACAAUGCUAACUAUGAGAAGCUGCCAAACCUUCAGCCAUCGUUCCAAAAGGAGAAUGGCACUGUUACAGCUGGCAAUGCAUCGACGAUCAGUGAUGGAGCAUCGAUACUUAUAUUGAUGAGUGAAUCAAAGGCAAAGGAACUGAAUGUGCCAAUUAUCGCAUUCAUUAGAUCGAUGGCCGAUGCAUCUCAAGAGCCAAUCCUAUUCACAACGACCCCGUCCCUGGCAAUACCCAAGGCGUUGACCAAGGCCAAUCUGUCGGUGGACCAGAUCGACUACUUUGAGAUCAACGAGGCGUUCAGUGUCGUGGCGCUGGCCAACAUGAAGCGAUUGAACAUCCCGCCUGCAAAGCUUAAUGUGUUUGGUGGUGCCGUGUCCAUGGGUCAUCCACUCGGAAGCUCUGGAUCCAGAAUCAUAUGUACAUUGCUCACAGUUCUGAAGCAGAAAGGUGGUAAACUAGGUGUUGCCAGUAUCUGCAAUGGUGGAGGUGGUGCCAGUGCCAUUGUCGUCGAGAUGAACCAA